GCGGGCCUGUUUUACGCCAAAGAGCAGUUCUAUCUGCUGAAUCGAUGAAACCACUUCCAUGUGAUCUGGAUUCUGCAGAUACUGAAUCGGAAGGAGAAGAACAAAUUUCAGCUGAAGACGAUAAACUUAAUGUUAGUUCUGAAGAGUUUUUGAAGCGCUAUUCGAUUGUUUUUGACCCUGAUUCAGGAAGCGAUGCACUGGUUGAAUGCAUUGCCCACGGUGACAGGAGCGAGUUUGUUGGCAAUGAUUACUAUACAUACUGGGAUAGCUUCAAAAAUGAGAUUUUUACUACUGGAAAGCUGAUAAUCGCCCCAAGAAAGAAGAGUAGAAUGCACAUUUUCAAGUCUAAAAUUAUGGUUUACUAUGUAGAAAAAGGGCAAGUGCAAGUGAAUCUAAACAAAUCAGAACGGAUUUUAAAGAAUGGCGACUUCUUUUUCGUUCCUCCAGCAAAUAGCUGCACUAUAACCAAUCUUCAAGACGAGGAGGCGGUGCUGGUCUACAAUUUUUUAAACAUGGUUGCUUUAUUCACAAAAGGUUAAAGUUUUAUCUAUGUUGUAUAUAGCAAGGGACAGCUAUAUUUUUGUUAUUACUAAGUAAUGUUAACCUUAUCCGACAUCCGCUGUACAUAUACGGUGCUGUAGGCAAGGAGCGUUCCCAAUACACUGUACAUAUGCAGCGGGGUGAUCGGGGGGGGGAGGCACGGGAGCUGUGUCUGCACAAUCACUGACGGGGUCUUGCUGUGAUUGACGGCCAGGCUGCUGCUGUAAUAGCUGGUAUCAGAGUUGACUCAGCCAUUUAACCCCUUAGAUGCUGACUUCUACAUCUAAGUGGCUUACAGAGGGAGGUAACACCCUCUGUACCCCAUUGGUCCCAAUGAUGUGAUUGUUGGGUACCAAUGGUUUUUAUAGCAGCCGUAGACCUUACAAAGGCAUCCAGGUCUAUCCUGUGGAGAAGUUUAGUAGGCCCUGGCAUCACUCACCCGGCCUGUGAUAAAUCCUUACUAAUCUUCGGUGCAUGGACGUUCAUGGCUAUCCAAAUGGUGCAAAAUGUUCAGGUGUUGUCUAAUAGGGAAAGUAACUGUGUAAAACUGGCAAGUAUAAUGUAUUACAGCCGUUCAAGUCCCAUGUUGGGACUGAAAUUUAAAGAAAAAAUUUGAAAU